GCUCCUGCCCUGCAGCUCCUGCUGGGGCUGUGCUGUCCCCUCACACUGUGACUGUAAUUGUGGUGGCCCCACAGGUGGCCUUGGGGAAAUCAUUCUGGCUGUGGGCAGCAGCUGAUGCCUCUCUGUGAUGGUUUUUCCACCGCAGUGCUGUCACAGGCUGGAGGGAACGUGGAACUCUCUGGCUCAGCUCCCAGCAAGUCACUGGGUAAAAUCAGGACAUCUCUGCAUGGGUUUUCCUAUUUUUUUUACCCCUUCCAUCUUGGAGGAGAGUGAUCCCAUUACAACCCCAAAAUAACAGCCCAGAAGUUGGUUCUGGGUGUUUGCAUCCCCUGCCUGCAUCUGGCAGAUCCUGAUCCCAGCAGGGAGAGUGCAGGUCUGUGCACCCACCCUUCUGCUCCCUGGGCUGAUGCUGGGAGACCUGGAGGUGACUGAACCCUGACUGAUCAUGAAAUUAGACAAUCAAUUAGGUUGGAAAAGACCCUUAAGAUCACAGAGUCUAACCCUUAACCCAGCACUGCCAGGGCCACCACUAACCCACGUCCUCAGCUGCCACAUCCACGUGGCUUUAAAAUCCUUCCAGGGCUGGGGGCUCCCCCACUGCCCUGGGCAGCUUGUGUCAGGGCUGGAGAACUUUUCCCUGAAGAAAGGGUUGCUGGAGAGUCAGUGGAUCAAACUGGUGCUGCUGGGGUGAACUGGGUUACAUUCAGCAACGGGGACAACUCUGGGGCCUGUGGCUGCUAGAACCCUGUACCAGUGCCCACCAAGGGAUGUCCACCAGGCAAGAGAUGCCCCUCAGCACCUCAGAGAUGCUCCUGUUGAUGUUUCUUUACCUGGUUGUGUUUUCUAGACUAGGCAAGGAUAUUUUAAAGCAAUGCUUGCUUAAAACUCCUGUCCCAGGGUGACACCUGAACAGGGCUUUUCCUGGGGGGCUUUGGGAGGGGACCUGGGGCCGUUCCCAGCUCAGGCCUGGAGCCCCUGCCUGCAGUCAUUGCUUUGGGAUGAAGUAAGUGUCCACUUGUGUGUGACAGACAAAUGGAAAUCUUGCCUGGUCCCAGUCCACCUGCUGCCUGCCCCGGCUGCUUGAGUCAAUGCUCUGUGAAUAUCACAGUGACAGCAAGGCUGGAAAUGCUGUGGGAAGACAAGGCUGGAGCCAGGAUGGGAGGGGGUAGGUAGGGCACUGAGCCUGCCCACCUGAACACCCUGCUGGUGUUUGUGGUUGAUCACUGUGUGCUUUCCAGAUGAGCUUCCUGCUUUUCUGGAGAUCUGAGUUAACCCUGGAAAGGGGACAGGUCAACAGCAGGUGAAAGGAGGGCACAGACCCACACAGGAAUCAGCUCCAGUUACCACCAGCAAUAGCACCCCUGAGGGGCUUGGGCACCUCCUUUCUGCUGAAAUUCAGGGGACUUGGGCAUUUUUUCUGGCCUUGUGUGAUGUCUCCCACAGCCUCACAGUCCACACCAUGUGUGCAGGGUGGGGUCAAAGGGACCUGGGGAUGGUUCCUUCUCUUUAUGUUGGGUGGCUUUGAAUUUAUCUCACUGGGGUUGGCAGUGGGGACCCCGAGUCCUGGGUGUCCCCUGAUACAGCCUGUGGGUGACUGUCCUUGACACCCACGCUGAUCCCCUGGCACUCUGUCCUCUGCCCUGGCCAAACCCAUGGCUGUGCCAAGGAGCAGAUGGCACCAUGCCUAGAGCCUGUGGUGGCCCAGGAGUGACAUCCACCUCCUGCUGUCUCAGUCCUGCUGGGGUGCAAAGAGCCCACCAGGAUCUCCAGAGAUGUUCCUGAGGACAGGAUAAGAGGGGAUGAGCGCAGGGGAUGUGGAAGCUUCAGGGAGUCCUUCUCACCCUGAUGACAUGAGCUCCAUGUUUAUUCCAGGCCUUUGGCAUCUGCACUUUGCUUUAUGAAGUGGGAAGGUCUCACCACCUCCUGUCUAAUCUUGGAGCCCUGUUUAGGGGCUGGUCCUAAUCUCUGGAAGCCUCCAGGAUUUGCCCCAGCUGUUGGAGGCAUCUUCCAUCUCCCUGCCCUGACACGUCAGCUGCCAUGGUGGGGAAGGCAUUCCCCAGGUUUCCCCCAUUCCACCUGGCUCUGGUUUCCUGAACUGGGAGUUUGGCUGGAAGGGCUGAUCUGGUGUUUUGGGGAAACAAAUUCACAGCUUUGCAAUGGGAUCCUGUGGAACCAAACACAGAUCUGGAAAAGGAUCAACCACUGUGCUGCAUCAUCAGGGGGAGCUGGAAUAUAACAGUGGCGUGAGGAGGAUCUGAUCCUUCCAGGCAUAAAUGAUCGUCCCCUAAUUUAGAGCUACACUCACUUGGAAAAUAAGUAAGGAAAUGUUUCAGUGACUCGGUGGGCUGGAAAUGUGGGUCAAAACCAAUUUAUAAAAGUACCAAUUUAUAAAAGUACCAGCUUUUUGUAUGAGAUUUUUUUCUCACUGGAAAACAUGGAUAACCUCUAUUUCAGCUAAAUCUUGAAAUACUUACAGUUUCAGGCAAAAAUGUGCUGAUAUUUAAAUUAUCAUUACAAUUUUAAUAUUCAACCAUCUCAGCUGCCUGCAGGAACAGCCCCCUCGGUGUGAUUUUCAUUUCUAUCACCAGACUAAUUUGAGCUCCCUCACCCAAAGCUGGGGGCUGGCACAGACCACUCCUGUCCUGGGUGGUGAAAUCACCUCCUGGCAGCAGCUCCUCUGUCCCUGUUAUCCAGGGGUGAAGCCAUCAUGGUGGGCAAGGAAAUGCCGACUCUUGCUCCUGGAGCUGGUGGGAAACCUUUAACUCGGAACUGGGACACCCUCCUGUGCUGCCUUUGCCACCAACAGCAGCAGCUCCUCGGUGUUUCCCUGCUGGGCUUUGCUCAACAGCCAGUGCUGGCCCAACGUGUGAAUAAACAAGAUGCCAAUAAACUCUAGUCAUGUGGCCCAAUAAGAGUGGGUGAUAAACCACGUUGAUUCAUUUGCUUGUAACCCAUUAGUCACCCCCUGAGUCAGCAGAGCAAAAGCAUCCAAAAGUCAUGGAGCAGGUUCACAGACCCAAGUUCCCUUCAAAUUGAGAACUUCAGGUGAAAUUAUUGCUUUAAUGUUCUUUUUUGUUUCCUCAGGAAAGUAUUUGAUUUUCAGCUACGCUUCCCCAAAUUGAAAUCAGAGAGAAAUCUGAGUGUCCAUUUUGCUCUGAACUGGAGUUUUGGUAUUGAUUUAUUUUUCUUUUUGAGCUCUUUAAAUUGCUUCUCUAAACAUUUAAUCAAAACAAGCCCAUUUUUUUGCAAUGAAGUGGGGGUUUUUUGUUCAGAUUAAGACACAGGGAAGAUGCCUGAGCAGAUGUUUGUGGGAAUCUGGAACUGGCCACCUGUGAGCUGCUGGAGAGUCAUCAAGGCAUGACCUGUGUGGAGGGGUCAAGUGAAGGAGUCAAGGAGGGGCCGAGGUCAUCGAAGGCAGGAUGAAAUCCUGGUGUGCCAAGACAUGGAGAAACCAGAGCUUCUCCAGUUUGCCUCAGGGAGCCAAAGACAGCUGGAGCAGGAUGGAUGGAUGAUCCUCCCCAGCCCUUCCUUGUCCUUUCUCUGGCUAGAGCAGCUGUAGGGAAUUUUCUGGUUCAUGACUGACUUGGCAAUUUUCAGCCACUCCAAGGUGCUCUGGGCAGGGAAGGAGCUGCCAGUACCCAUCCAUGCAGGCAGCAGAAAUGCCUGGGAGCCCCACAGCACUCUCUCCUGCCUCAAGGAGCUCAUCCCUCAGGCAUUCUAUGGGUAUUUUGGAGAUGACUGGCAAAACUGCACCUCCAGCCAAAAAGCCAGCUUCAGCAGCAGCGAAGAAAAAGACAGCAGCAGCCCCGAAGGAAGCAGCAGCCCCGAAGGAAGAAGCAGCCCCGAAGGAAGAGGCAGCCUCGAAGGAAGCAGCAGCCCCAGCCCCAGCUACUGAAGAGCCCCCAGCCCCUGAGCAUCCCCCAGAGCAGCCCCCAGCCCCCACAGAUGAACCUGUUCCCGUCCCCACGGAAGCCGGAGCAGAAGCGACUCCAGUGCCUGCAGAAGGUUCCCCAGAUCUCCCAGCUGAACCCCCGGCCCCAGCCCCUGAACCUAAAGUGGAGAAACCAAAGGAAGAGCCACCCAGCUGUCCCUUGUCCUUGGCCGUGGAAGAAGUGAGUGAAAACUCAUUCACACUGACCUGGAAAGCCCCAGAACAGAUGGGCCGGGCAGGCUUGGAUGGAUACGUGGUGGAGAUCUGCAAAGAUGGAAGUUCAGACUGGAAAGCUGUGAACGAGGAGCCUUUUCUUUCCACCCGCUACACGAUCCCAGACCUCAGCUCUGGGGACAAGAUCCACGUGCGGGUGACGGCUGUCAGUGCCAGCGGCGCCAGCGCCCCGGCCACGCUGGAGCAGCCCGUGCUCAUCAGGGAGAUCCUCCAGCUCCCGAAGAUCCGCAUGCCUCGGCACCUGCGGGAAACUUACAUCAGGCGUGUGGGGGAUGCUGUAAACAUCAUGAUUCCCUUUCAGGGAAAGCCACAACCCGAGGUGAGCUGGAGCAAGGGAGGGCAGCCCCUGGACACCAAGCGCAUCAACAUCCGGAACACGGCUCGCGACACCAUCUUCUACAUCCGCCAGGCCCAGCGUGGCGACUCGGGCAAGUAUGAGCUCUCUGUGCAGAUCAAUGGAGCGGAGGACAAGGCUACCCUGGACAUCCAGGUGGUUGAGCCACCCGGGCCUCCCCAGAACCUGAAGCUGGUGGAUGUGUGGGGCUUUAACGUGGCCCUGGAGUGGACCCCCCCCGUGGACAAUGGGAACUCUGAGAUCAAGGGCUACAGGGUGCAGAAGUCGGACAAGAAGAGUGGGAAAUGGUUCACGGUGCUGGAGCGCUGCACCCGCACCAGCUGCACCAUCUCCGACCUCAUCAUUGGCAACACCUACUCCUUCCGAGUGUUCUCCGAGAACAUCUGUGGGCUCAGUGACAGCGCUGCCAUUGCCUCUGGGGUGGCCUACAUCGAGAAGACAAAAACCACUUACCAGCCAGAGAAGAUCCCCCAGCGGGACAUGAUGGAGCCUCCAAAAUUCACACAGCCCCUGACAGACCGAACGACCACCCGGGGCUACAGCACUCACCUCUUCUGCUCUGUCCGGGGCUUCCCCCAGCCCAAAAUAAUCUGGUUGAAAAAUCAGAUGGAGAUCCGGGAAGAUCCCAAAUACAUAGCACUGAUUGAUCAGGGUGUGUGCUCUCUGGAAAUCCGCAAGCCUGGCCCUUUCGACGGGGGUGUCUACACCUGCAAGGCUGUGAACCCCCUGGGGGAAGCCUCAGUAGACUGCAGACUGGAUGUGAAAGUGCCCAAGUGAGGACAGAUCAAAGGACAAGACAAAGAGCAAGGAUUCAGAUCUCGUUCCUUUUCCCAGAUGGAUCCUGCAGGUGCCAGGCAGUGGUGGGGCAGGUGCUGAUGCCCCUGGCCAUAGUCUCUGCACUCUGCUGGGCUGUCCCUCCCUGGCAGUGCUUUGGGGGCUGCACCUCACCUGCCAUGGCAGGGCCCUCUCUGAACCCGUCAUUGCCUGUGACAAUGAAACAAACCCAGCUGAGGGGCUUUGGUCUAAUAAAAGUCACCAAACCGC